GCUUGUUGACAAACAGGAGGCCGACAAGGCGACUAGUCAUUACAGCUGAGUGAGACAACACGAGAGAGAUGCCGUCUGAGAAUCUGGAAGAACAGGGUCUGGAGAAAAACCCAGACCUCCAUCUCUCACAGCUGAAAUUCAAACUGAUGCUGAAUGACUUUAAAAAUGAUUCCAAGAUGAAAGAAGAACUCAUGCAGGCCAUCGAAAAAGACAAUAUGGCCCCAUUUUAUGAGGAAUGCUGUCAUGAUUUGGGAUGGCAGCUGGAUAAUGCCAUGCUGGAGAGAAUGAAGAAGGUAAACGAAACAGAGUUGAACACAAUGAAUGAAGCAAUUGAGGAAGCAGAGAAGUCCAUGGGGGAGACUGAGAUUCGAGAGGCAAAUUUAAAGAAAGCUGAAUACCUCUCACGCAUUGGAGACAAGGAUGAAGCAGUGAAGGCUUUUGCUAAAACCUACGACAAGACAGUGUCCCUUGGGCAACGUUUGGAUCUUGUUUUUCAUAAUAUUCGUCUUGGCCUCUUUUAUCUCGAUCACUCACUUAUAACAAGAAAUUUGGAGAAGGCAAAGAGCCUCAUUGAAGAGGGAGGUGAUUGGGAUCGUCGCAACAGACUAAAAGUAUACGAGGGUGUUUACUCUAUGGCUGUCCGGGACUUUAAAAAGGCUGCCAACCUCUUCCUAGACACUAUCAGUACUUUUACCUCAUAUGAAUUGAUGGACUACACUAGAUUUGUGGGUUACACUGUGUUAGUAUGUAUGAUAGCCCUACCCCGUAAUGACCUACGAACCAAAGUUGUCAAGGGUUCAGAAAUUCAAGAGGUGCUUCAUUCAGCUGAGGACCUCAAAUCUUACCUCUUGUCACUGUACGAGUGUCAGUACCACACCUUUUUCCAAAAGCUCUCUUGGGUUGAAGGUGAGCUUCGUCAUGAUCGUCUGUUAGCACCACACUACAGGUACUACGUGAGGGAGAUGCGGAUUCUAGCCUAUUCACAGCUGCUCGAGUCUUACCGUUCACUUACACUUCACUACAUGGCCACAGCAUUUGGAGUUUCUAAUGAGUUCAUUGAUAGAGAGCUGUCGCGAUACAUUGCUGCUGGUCGUCUUCACUGUAAGAUAGACAAAGUUGGUGGUAUUGUUGAGACUAACAGACCGGACUCAAAGAACUGGCAGUAUCAGGCUGUUAUAAAACAGGGCGACAUUCUCUUGAACCGAGUUCAAAAGCUCUCUAGGGUCAUUAAUAUCUAGGUUCAGGAAGCCAGGUCAAACUUCAAUAUACAAACAAUAUUGUAAGGCUUUAUUUUUAUGGUAAACACAUUUUCUAUUUCAUAGCUUCAUUGUAGUUCAUAUGGAAUCUUGAUAUAUUAGUUAAUGUCUCAUUAAAAUCCGAAGGGAAGAGGGUCUACUUGUGUUUAAAAGUUAUUAUUUGUUUCUUCGUUGCAUUGCAUGUGGAAUUAUUAAAAGAAUAAUAGUUAAUUUGUAAAUGCUGUUUAAAUGAGAUAUUCAAGAAUUAAAUAAAACAUUUCUCUAAGA